UAUUUUUCCUUUUGUCUGAAUCUAGGCUUGGAUCCAUUCAAGUGAGGAAGUACUCUUGGAUGUAUGAUUGGAUGUAACAGUAUUUCACUUGGGAGCAGAGCAGUUAGAUGGAGAGGAGCUGAUUAAAGCGUAUCACAAUGCUAAGGAUGCAGGAGUGGAGAAGAGAAAUUCUAGAGGAAUGAAAGAGCUUGUGAUGCAAAGGGGAGGAGAAGAUGAUGUUGCUCCAUACUUCAAGACAGAGCCAGGCUUGCCCCAGAUACACCUGGAAGGAAAUCGACUUGUACUUACGUGCCUUGCUGAAGGCAGCUGGCCCUUGGAAUUUAAGUGGUUACACAAUGACAGUGAAAUAACCACCUACUCCAGUGAAUACAAGUACAUCAUUCCAGCUUUGCAGAGGUCUGAUGCUGGCUUUUAUCAGUGCAUUGUGCGGAACAGAAUGGGGGCAUUGCUGCAAAGAAGAUCUGAAGUUCAAGUGGCAUAUAUGGGAAAUUUCAUGGACACAAACCAGAAAAAAACGGUGACUGAAGGAGAAGCUGCAGUUCUAAACUUCAUGCACAUCUUCAGCUAUCCAAGACCACAAGUGACAUGGUUUAGAGAUGGGCACAAGAUCAUUCCUAGCAGCAGAAUGGAUUCCAAAAUCUAGCAGUUUCCUGGAUAUUUGGAUGUCAGCUCUAGGAAUGUUGACUUUUGGAACCACCACCUUCAGAUGACAAGAGAAAGCUGAACAAAACGCCACUUCUGUGAGGAAAUCACUGAAUCCUUCAAAUACUUCCAUGACUGGUCAUUGGUUCCUGUGAGGAGCAGUAGAGGUUUCAAGGUUAUUAUUAGAUAAAAGUUUCAGGGCAAUGUUAUACAUGCCAUUUUCUUCAGGAGGAAUGUUGUGACUAUUGAAUUACAGAUUUUUUUUUAAAAAACAAAGCUUGUAAUUACAAUUAAGUAUCUGAAAUUAUAGCAGUCAUAAUCCAAUUUCUUAAUACAUUAAAUUGAGUCUGCUUUAAGAUGUACUUGCACAAUAUGAAGAGAGGGAAAUGAACUAUAAAAUUUCCAUUUUACUUUCCAACUAGAUUGAAGUACAUUUGUAAAAUUACUUUUUUAAAAAUUCCAUAGUAUCUGCUUGUCUGAUACCUAUUUCCAGCUGAGUGUCAUCACUUUUUGUUCCUGGGAGGCCUAGGUUUACACUAAUGGCAAAAGCAUGAAAGGUUAUGGUUGUCAGGCCCCAGUAUGAAAAAAGGUUUUGAUCCAGAAGAUAUUUAGUAGAACAAAAUACUGACUGACACCUGGAGACAUAUAGGGUACUAGGAGGAUGGUAGCUGCAAAAUGAAAACAAAGAGGAUCUUAAAUGCAAAUUAGAAAUGAACAAUAAGAUUAGAAAUUUCAGCUAUAAACUUUUCUUAGGGCU